UCGGUCCCGUCCCCGCGGCGCGCCAUGGAGCGCGGAGUGCUGCUGCUGGCGCUGGCCUGGGCUCUGGGGCUCACCCUGUCCGGGGCAGCCAGGAGCCCCUACCAGCAGGUCCUGCACCACAGCCGGCUGCGCGGCCGGCAGCACGGCCCCAAUGUGUGUGCUGUACAGAAGCUGCUUGGAACAAACAGGAAAUACUACACAAACUGCAAACAGUGGUACCAGAGAAAAGUCUGUGGAAAAUCAACAGUGAUCAGCUACGAGUGCUGCCCUGGAUAUGAAAAGGUGCCUGGAGAAAAAGGCUGCCCAGCUGCAUUGCCACUUUCAAACAUCUACGAUACCCUGGGGAUCGUUGGAGCCUCAACCACACAAUUGUACUCUCUCAGCUCUAACCUGAAACCAGACAUCGAAGCACCGGGAAGUUUUACAAUCUUUGCCCCAAACAAUGAGGCCUGGGCUGCUUUGCCUGCUGAAAUGUUGGAUUCAUUGGUCAGUAAUGUUAACAUUGAACUGCUAAAUGCUCUUCGCUACCAUAUGGUGAACAGACGGGUCCUAACAGAUGACCUGAAACAUGGAACAUCUCUUCCUUCAAUGUACCAGAAUAUUGAUCUCCAGAUCCAUCACUAUCCUAAUGGAAUCGUGACUGUGAACUGUGCCAGACUUUUGAAAGCAGACCAUCAUGCCACCAAUGGAGUGGUCCAUCUGAUAGAUAAAGUCAUCCCCACCACAACGAACACUAUCCAGCAAAUUGUUGAGACCGAUGAAAAUCUUGAAACUCUUAGGGCUGCUGUGGCUGCAUCUGGUCUUAAUACCUUGUUAGAAAGUGAUGGUCAGUUCACACUCUUGGCUCCAACCAAUGAAGCUUUUGAGAAGAUCCCACCAGAAACACUGAACAGGAUCCUUGGGGACCCAGAAGCUCUCAAAGACCUGUUAAACCAUCACAUAUUGAAAUCAGCCAUGUGUGCUGAGGCCAUUAUUGCUGGCUUGUCAAUGGAGACUCUGGAAGGUACCAUGUUGGAAGUAGGCUGUACUGGUGAUGAACUCACCCUGAAUGGAAGGCCUAUCAUUGCUGAAAAGGAUACCCUCGCUACCAAUGGUGUAGUCCAUUUUGUUAAUGAGCUUCUGAUUCCAGACUCAGCUAAAACUUUGUUUGAGUUAGGUAAAGAAUCUGAUGUUUCAACGUCUAUUGACCUUUUUAGACAAGCUGACCUCAGCUCUCAUCUCACUGGAAAUGAGCGUGUGACACUUCUUGCCCCAAUAAACACUGUGUUCAAAGAUGGGACUCCUCCUAUGAAUCAGAACACAAAGAGUUUGCUUCUAGAUCACAUUCUUGAAGAACAACUUUCUUCUAAAUAUCUUUACCAUGGACAGACGCUAAAAACUCUGGGUGGCAAAGAACUGAGAGUUUUUGUGUACCGCAAUAACCUCUGCAUUGAAAACGUCUGUAUUGCUGCCCAUGACAGGAGAGGAAGGUUUGGCACCUUGUUUACAGUGGACAAAAUGUUGACUCCACCAGUUGGAACACUCAUGGAUGUUCUAAAGGCAGACCAACGUUUCAGUACAUUGGUGGCUGCCAUCCAAUCUGCAGGUCUAAUGGAGACAUUAAAUAGGCCAGGUGCCUUCACGGUGUUUGCUCCAACAAACGAAGCUUUCCGAGCUAUGCCACAAGGGGAACUGAACAAACUUAUGGGUAAUGCUAAAGAACUUGCUACCAUUCUGAAGUACCAUAUUGGGGAUGAAAUCUUGGUCAGUGGAGCAGUUGGAGCUCUUGUGAGAUUGAAGUCUCUGCAGGGUGAUAAAAUUGAAGUUAGCUCUAAAAACAAUGUAGUAAAUGUUAACAAGGAACCUGUUGCUGAAACUGAUAUCAUGGCCACUAAUGGUGUGAUUUAUGCUGUGAAUGCUGUCUUACAACCUCCAGCUUUUAGACCUCAAGAAAGAGGAGAUGAGCCUGCAGAUCCUGCACUAGAAAUCUUCAAACAGGCAUCUGCAUUAUCCAAGGUUUCCCAGAGGAGUGCUCGGCUAGCGCCUGUAUAUUCCAGGUUAUUAGCAAGGAUGAAACAGUAAAGUGAAGAACAUUCAGCAGAACAAUCCGCUUUUGCUGUGGUUUUACGGGAAGGACAGAAUUUGUUUUUUAAAACCAAAUAUCACACUUAAGUUUAUUUUGUUUCCAUUUGAAUGGAUAGGAGAAAAAAGCCAUAUUUUUUUAAACCAUUUUUGCUUCUUUUUUUACCUUUUUAGGAGCUGUACAUUAAGGCUAACAUUUUUCAGAAGUAAACCCUGAUUCUGGAUGCUUAAGUUUAGGUAUCCAACCUGUGGUAGCUGUGGGCCUUAUUUUUCAGAAGAACAAGUGCUGAUUACAGCUCUGGUUGAGGAAAGCACUUAAGCGCGUGCUUGGGUCCGUCCCUCUUCGGGACAGUUAAGGGCUAUCCUGAACAGGGACACUUUCCUGAAUCAAGACUUACCUUCACCUCUGACUUCAACUGCAGUUGUGGAUUCUAAGCACCCCUGAAAAUCAAGAUCAAAAGUACAGUCUCACUUUGUGCACUCACCCCCUCCCCCCAAAAAGCAUCCGAAGUCUGCCACCUUUUGAAAACAUUCACCCUAAUGACCGGACCAUGAUUGUACAUGAUCACCUUUCAAGUCAAUAGAUCACCUAGGUGCCAAUCUUAUCGUUGAUUACACAGUGAUUGUUUUAACUUAUCCUUUUGUUGAACUCACUAAAUGUUUUCUGAGCAAUAUUGUGUUUUAAACCAAAGAAUACAUCUGCCCCCCUUUCCCCCUAUGUUUUGAAAGUCUUCCAUGCAAGUCUGAGUUUGAGGUGUUUUUUUUAAAAAAAGCCUUCUGUUGAUAUUAGGGGAUUUGCAUGAUGUAAACUGCGGUAUGAACUGUUGUAGUUUUUGUUUGGUUUUGUUUAUGCAUAUGGAUUUGACUUUGUCUUGGUUCACAAGAAGACUGAAAAUACAUCAUAUCUGCAGUGAGACUUCUCCCUCUCAGAAGCCUUCAAAUAAAUGAUUCAUUUGUAAUAACUUGGUUUUUUUUUAAAAAAAAGACAGUAAAAUUAAAAAACAUUUGACCAACGA